ACCCGGCCCUUCUCCAGGGUCGUUGCUAACGGCCCGAGGCCCUGCGCUCACGAUUGGCUGGGAAACAAGAGCCCUUGUGGCGCAAGCUUGUGCACAUUCCAGGAACUCCAGGUGCCUGGUGAGGCGGAGGCUGUGGCUCCCAUUGGCCUCGGGGGAGGGGCUGAAUUCUCAGGGAGAAUAAAGCUUAGUUAAAGUUUUUUCUCUCUCCUCAUCUGUGAGGCCCAGGGGAGGAAUAGCAGGGGAACCAUAGCACUCUACAUUCCUGCUGCCCCUUCUCCUGUCUCCCUGGUUGGGAAUGGUGGUGAGCCUGAGCUUUCAUGCUUGAGAAACAUGGCCAUGUCUGAACGGCCGAGACACCAGAGGGAGAAAAUGGCCAAAAUACAAAGUGAUGAGUGAAGAAAACAUAUAAAUUAAAACUUGUGUUGUCUAGGUUUGUAGGAACAGCGCAAAUGGAACCGAUAUUUACCUGGAUGGGUCUGGACCACCAUAGCAGUCUUACAUUUUCUCUUAGCCCAGAGAAGUGCCUCCUUUCCCUCUCCAGUCCCCCUACCCCACCUGCUUCUUGAGCAUGUGCUUUGCAAGAGGCACCCUUUCUCUCUGGGAGUUGACCUUUGGGUUUGUGUGAUAGUGGGUGCAAAUAGUCCCUGACUCCUAGAACUUCCUCUCCACCCCUUUGUAAAAAGAUAACCUGGUACUUUAAAGACCAUUUCCUCUUCAAUAUCUUCAUAACUCAUUCCAGCGUUUAUUUUCGAGUUUUAAUCUUUUCCAGUAUUUAAAGAUCACUGUAAUAUUUCCAGGAUUUUUUUGGUUUGGCAAAAAUGGGCAAUGAAAAUUGAGAGUAAAGUGCCAGAGAACCUCAGCACCAGAUUUUCUGUUAGGCAGAUUUGGAUUCCAGUUCAUAACUAUGCAUCUUGGGCAAAUUAUUUCCUUCUGAAUGUCAGUUUCUCUAUUAUUAAAGUGAGAAAGGUGAUGUCUACCUGACAGCAUCAUAGUGAAGGGUAAAAGAAUUUAGUAUGUACAAGUGUUUAGCAUACAAUCUGACACGCAGGUAGUUCAGAAAAUGAUGAUGAUUACUUUAGAUGAUAAUAAAUGCCAUACUCAUUGCAUGCUGCUUGGAAACAAACACAUCAAUAGGAAUAAGAAAAAACCAAAGUGAUAACUGAUAAGACAAGGUAAAUGCAAUAUAGAGAAAUCUACCAGGCUAGGUGAGUCAAGGCCCUUCAGGGAUCUGAAGAAUUGAGACUGAAACUGAAAACUGAAGGAUAUAUAGUCUGCCAGGAAAUUAUAAGAGUAAAAGAAUUUUAGGAACAGUCAUGAAGCAACAUGGUAAUUGGAACUUUGGGGAGCAAGUGGAGGAAUAUAGGUUAAGGAAGUAAACAGGGAAAAGCACAUAGACCUUCAGGUGUCAUGUUUGAUUUUGCUUUUUAGUCCUUUCCAGGCUGUUUUCUGUUUUGUGAAAAUGUGGAAAAUCAUAACUUGCAGAUUUGCUGAGAAUAUUAAAUAAACAACAGAUGUCACCUAAAAGCAUCUUUCACUUACGAGGCAAGACCUGAGGAAAAAAACAAGCCAAAAGGGACUUUUCCUGAGUUUGGAUUGUUGGAAUCUCAGAAGACUAAAUCUUAGUUACCCUGACAUUUGGAAAAGGAAUAUAUUACUUUCUUCUGGUUAGAAACUUUGUCUAAUAAAAUGCUUGGAGAAGCCUUCUUAAUUGAACUCUUAUACAAAGAACCACUUACAUGUAAGAAAACCUCAAAUGAUGAAAAGGAAACUUGGAAAAAGCAGCUUUUAGAUAUAGAUGACAAUUCACUUUCCCCUUAUAAAAUGGAAAAUCAAAAUAAGGUUGUGAAAGAAAGUUUAACAGAGCAAUGUAAUGAUACAAAUAUAAUAAAACCUGUGGAUGAGAAAACUGUAACAAAACGCAAAAGUGCAUCGCUUCCAGGAAAAGUAUCUGCUGCGUUGCCCAUACCAAAGAGAGAACAACAUGAUGAAACACAAGUAGAUUUAUACCGAUCUUGGUCAUGUACAAGUAUUUGCCAGAAUUAUCCUGAUCUACAGAUUGGAGGAGACCACGUAGGUAACAUGUAUGAUUCAGGAUGCUUUGUGGAACACAUACGUGAUGAUACUUUUAAUGGUCCUCUUUUACUUUCAGUAGAUAUACCUCUGGGACAUUCUCCUAUCUUUGAACCUCUAGAUAAACUACCUACCUCAAAGAUUUUGAAUGGGGAUGAAAUUCGAGAAAAAAGUAUGUUGUUUCAUAAGAAGCCCAUCUCUAAUUCUAUGCUUAAUAGUUAUAUGGAAAAAAAAGUGGACGAACUCUACAAACAGUUUUUGGAAGAAAAUCUUACUAGGUGCUGCUCCAUAACCAAUCUUAUGGCUUCCAAUUUACUAAUGAAUAAUGUAAAUCAGAUAAGCUUUCAAAUCUCUCAAGAGCAGAACAUAGAGGCAUCGAAAGUUCGGGAAGCUCUCUUACACUCUUUAGCAAGAUGUAAUCUCUGUAACUUUUCCUGUGGAAAUAGUUCUGAAUUCAGCACUCCUAACUUACAAAUAUCAAACCAGAGAAGUAGGGAACAUGUAUUACAUCUACAAUAAGAACCAACUGUAGGUUUGUUGGAUUGUUUUAUGAGACUGGAGUAACAGUAGUAUUCUCUGGCUUAUUGUGCCACAUCAGGCCCCUUUGGGGUAUGGUUAUUACAGAUAAAUUAUUUGACCAAUUGUACAUCUGAAUUCUUGUAGGAGACAAUUUUAAUAAUUAAAUUUUAUGACCAUAAAUUCUAAUUGUUUUUGACAUCUUUAAUGGUUGCUACAUUCAAGUUUGAUGUGCUUAUCUAUUUAAUUGUCAGAGCAUCCCAAGUUAAUCACUUCACACUCACUCAUCAGAUUUAUUUACCACACAAGUGAUAAAAAAAAAGUGGAACAAGGAGAGGAUUAUUGUUCUCAGCUACUGAAAAGACCAGUAGAAACUGUAUCAGAAGGGAGCAUUUAUUUUUCUACAAAAAUGUUUAAAGACAUGAAUAGUACUUAAACACCAUUCUUUUUAUUUUCAACAGAUAGAAUCGUUCACACUGUCAAUCAGCAAUUCUUCAAAGAAAUGUUGGAUUUAAAUUAUAUUUGAAAGAAAUAUGGAAGGAGGACUUAAGGAAAAAUGGAGAAUUUGCCAUUAACAUUUGCAACUAAACUUGAUGCUUCCUUGAUCUUUCUUGGGACAAGCAUCAACUUUUUUAUAUCACUCUGCUAUGCAUGGUGUUUUUCAGCAAUGGGAGGAAGGAAAGCAUAUAGGGAGAGUGAACAGAGUACAUAGAGAAUCACCUAGAAAUAAAGAGGCUUUCUUGGCAACUUUUUACACUUCUCAGAUUAUCCUCAGUCAAGAUCCUGGUUUAGGAUAAAAGUCAGUAGAAUGUUAUGGCAAUUUUGGAAUUUAAUUAAUUAAUUAAUAAAAUAAACAUGACAUACCUAAAGGAAUGGUAUGGUUUAUUGCAGUCUUGGAACAAGACCCUAUACUUGACAGCUAACACUUCUCUCUUGGAUAGUAAAAUGAUUGACAUGUACUUUUGUUUGUAAAAUUAAAUGGUAUGAAUUUAUGUUAUGGAAUUUUUAUGUUUUCAUUAUAUGUUAAUAAGAUUUGUACCUUAGAAAUCCCAUAUUCCCCCCUAAUUAUCUCUUUGGUCUUUGAUUAAAUGUUAAAGAAUGAGUUAUCCAGAUGUCCUUACAGCUUGUUCAUUUUGAUCAUACAACCUUUAGUUUAUUUUCAUCGUCUUCAAAUUUCUAUGAUCUAAUAACAAAUAUGCCUGAAUUACCUUGUUUUUAUUUUCAUCGGUACUUGCCCCAGCAUCUUCUUCUGUAACCUUUCCAAUCCAUAUCCAUCAUUCUGACAUUGAUUCUGAAGAAACAAUGGGCAAAGAUUUCGGAAAAACUGACUUAGUGUCUUGUAGAUACUGAAAAAUGGUUGUGUAUACAUUGUUUUAUAUAUUGCUAAAUUUAUACUUUUAAUAUGUUACCAAAAUAAUGAAAUAUUAAUGUCAAGCUUUAUCUUUUCUAAAGUGAAUUAAAUGUUGGGCAACAUUAUUUGUGUGAAAUUUUCUAAGAUAUUAUAAUAUGUAUUAAUACUUUAUGAAGUGUAUAUAUUCAUAAAUAGUAUUAAGACUACAUAGUAUUAUGUAAAAAAGCACAAUAUUUAGCUAGUAUAAAAUUUACAAAUGCAUUUAAUUAUACUCUCAGACUUCAAUUUUCUCCCUCCUGUUUAUGUCACCAAAAUGCUUAUCUAAAGAUACUUAUUGUU